CCCAUCGAUGUCCUUUAGCUUGCUCAGGAGACGCCUCGCUCGGUUAGAUUUAACAGAAGCAUGAAAGAACUUGGAAUUCCUAUCACCAUAUUUGAGCCAUCUUUCCCGACUUCUCUGCUGCCAAUGUAACUCCUCCUCCCUGUAGGCUUUGUACAGUUCUUUUUUGAUGAUCUUGAUGGCAUGAUAACACGGGUAGUUCCUAGACUCAAACCAUUCCAAGCGGUGUUCCAGUAAGUGGAUUCUGUCUCUCGCAUUAAAGACUUUGGACUUCUUCCAGCGGCUUAAAACCCCUCUGCAAUCCCGCAGUCUCUUAGCCACACUUCGGUUAGAGGAAACCCCACUCCCUGCUCUCCACGAGUUAAUGAUAUCCUUCUUCACUCUGGGUAAGAAAAGGAACUUCUUAUCAUAUCUGAAUUGGCCUUUGUACCGCGCUUGAGAAGCUUGCAGAUUGAUUAAAACAGGCCGAUGAUCAGACCCUCGUUUGUCAAGAAAUCUCUGAUUAGAACCAGGGAAAAUCCUGAGCCAUUCCUUGUUCCCAAAAGCCCUAUCGAGGCAACACUGAAUCCACUUCUUCCACCUCAUACCCGACCAGGUAAAUCUAUCACCAGAAGCCUCCAACUCGUCCAUGCCGCAAGCAGCCAACAUGUCAGCAAAAGGCCUAAAAGAAGCUUCCGAUCUAGAAGGACCACCUAGCUUUUCACCAUUAUUCAGGAUCUCAUUAAAAUCACCAACUAUACACCACGGUUCCUUCCUACAAACUCCAAAUCUGCUCAGUCUUUCCCAAACUAUACUCUUUCCAUCCUGAGCAGGCUCCCCAUAAACACAAGACAGAAAAAAUCUGAAGUCACCAAAAAGAACCUCCAUGUCAAUCAGAUUCUUAUCCGCAUACUUAAUAUCCAUCUUAAUGGUGCUUUUCCAAAAUACUGCCAAGCCACCACUAAGACCUACUGGGUCAACCGUAUAUACAUUGUCAUAACCCAACCACACCUUUAAAUCUACUAGAACAUCUCUGCAGUUUUUAGUCUCCAUUAAGAAAAUUAUCUCCGGAAAGUAAAGUCGCCUAAACUCCCGCAGACGUUGAACUGUCAGGUCUUGAGUACGCCCCAGGCCCCGACAAUUCCAGCUCACUAUGCUCAUUAAAGAUUGGACGGUCCCUCCUUUGGGACCACCUUCAGGGAUUUUGACCUCGCCAAGACUGGAAGUUCCCCAUCUUCAGUCUCUACCUUUCUCUUCAGACCACUCAUGAUUUGUUUACCCGCUCCCUUGUCAGCAUCCAGAACCACCAACUUCCUCUGCUUCCUUUUAGAUUUUGGAGGACGGUUUCUUUUAUAGACUUUCUUUAGAGUUCCGGACGAAGCAACAUGUUCCGAAAAACCCGAGCUAAACACCGUAGAACCUUCAGAAAGGGGCAGAAAGUUAACCCCAAGUCUCACAUCCUCGCUCCCCGAAUGCGCAUCCAGAGGAGGACCCAGCCUCAUCGCCAUUCCAGCACCAAUAGCCGAUGCCAUUAAUUUUUCAGAGUUAGGAGACACAGAGCUUCCUUUACCUCUACUCAAGCGUUCUUCUUCGUAGUUGAAGACAUGUCCCUUUCCUUUGUUUAAGUCUCUUGAGAUAGUAGGAGGAGCUUCCAGUCUCAGAAACAUUUUCUGCAUCAUAGGGACUUGUUCCACUUCAGCAACAGAUUUUCUGACUCUCUCUUCUCUGAUAACUCUGUCUUCAGCAGUUGAUAAACUCAGGUACUGCCUCAUCUCAUCCAUCACCUCCUUAGCGAUCUUCGGUCUGCCAGUAGAGAGGUUAAUCCCCACUUGGUCUUCUCUAAGAACUCCAAAGAGAGGAUCACCUUCACUCAGUACCACUGAUCUGUGCUCAAGUUCUUUCUCUAUUGCUUGACGCCGCGCCAAAGCCACCUCUUUACGCUUCUUCACUUCGAGAGGACAGAUCCUCUGCUCAUGAUUCAAUCUUUGACAGGUAAAGCAACGCUUCUGGAUUCUUUCAUAGUCGAACUUGAUGGUCCACGAUUUACCUCCUUUAGCUGUCACCACCUUCGCCGGUCUGAGGGGAUUCGCCACAUUAAACCUUACCUGAGCACGAAUAAAAGGUUGAGACUGUGGUUUCGAGGGGUCAAAAACCAACACCUUAACUUCACCAAUCAUAUCAGCCAACGCCAUUAGCGCCUCCUCCGUAUAGUAGUUUAUGGGGAUUUGGCUGAUUUGUACCCAGAGAGGAAUAAACUGAAGAUAGUCAUCAGGCGGUUCUUCAACCCAACGCGCAAUCACAAUGACCCACUCAUUAAAAGUAUGAACGCCUUUCUCCAGCACAUCCACCAAGUCAUGCUCCGAGUCAAAGAAGAACUGAAAACGUUCCUCCGAGAGAGCAACUCCCCUACACCUGCCUUCCUUUUGCCACUUCCUAGGCAUCCUCCAGAUUAAGGAAGACAUUCUCUGACAUUCUGGGUUCAGAACUCUACCCACAAUGCUUAGAAGAUUCUUUUCAUUCGAACAGAAACCCGGUUGGUCCGGCAUCUCGAAAGGUUUGUCAUCCUCGUCCAAAGACAGAGCCAUUAAGGCUCGAUCCAUAGCCACCGACAUCGUAGCACCACCGUUGAGCAACAAUCAACACAAACUCGUCUUAACAGAAGCUUAGAUCUCAGAAAAGGGAACUGGAACUCACUGCAGAUCUGAUGAACACCAAACUUUAACUUGUCUUUUUGAGAAUAGGUAGAAUAAAAAGAAAGACAAAAGUAAAAGUGUGCGAGCUUUCCAGCGUGCUCACGUUAUAGUAAAUAGUAUCAUAACUUAUAUAAAUCUCAAGUGGCCAUUUGAUAUAUAGCUUUAGUAGAGUUCCAUUAUCAUAUACACAACCAAAAUAGAAGAAAAUUAAUAACACAACCAAACAUAUAAAAAAUAGAGCAAAACUAAAUGACUGACAAAUCAAAAUAAAUUUUAAGUAAUCUUGCCUCACGUAAUUUUAUUUUCCUCAUUUUAUAGUUAAACGUAUAACAACCCAACGAAUAAUUUUACCAAACUGGUUCUUGAAUUUGUUCUAGUCGUCUAUUUGCCAACAAAAACUUGAAAAGUGAAGUGAAAUGAAAAGAUAACAUGAUUUGACAAAGAAGGCCAUAUGAAACAUGAUAAAUUUAAGAAAAAUGCAGUCCAAAAAGCACAAAACAACACGGUGAAUUAUUGAGAAGUCUGUCUGCAAAUGCAGAACAACAGUAGAAUGUUGAAAGCACCAUUCAGAAAAAGACAGCCAAAUAAACCUUUAAUUUAUAGUCACUCAUCGCGGGUCUUAUUAUCUUCAUCUACGUCCUCCUUCCUUAUAUGAUCAUGACAUAACUUUGGUUUUGUAAACUUGCUUAGCCUACUAAUUAAGAAAAAAAACUGUUAGCUAAACAUAAAGAAGAACACGAAACUCUCCGUGUCUUCACUCUCUCUCUCACUGUGUUUUUUUACAAUCAAGCUCUAAUGACGAAUCAGGUAAAAGAGAGGAAUUUAGAGCAGACCUCUACGUGGGCAGUCGCUGUGGUUUGCUUCGUUUUACUACUCAUUUCAAUUGUCCUUGAACAUUCCAUUCACAAAAUUGGAACCUGGUUCAAAAAGAAGCACAAGAAGGCUCUUUAUGAAGCUCUUGAAAAGAUCAAAGCAGAGCUUAUGCUUAUGGGAUUCAUAUCACUACUCCUAACAAUCGGACAAACACCAAUCUCAAAUAUCUGCGUCUCCCAAAGCCUCGCAUCAUCAAUGCACCCUUGCAGCGCCGCUGAUGAAGCUAGAAAAUACGGCAACAAAGAUACCGCUAAACCAAAAGACGAUGAUGAAGACAAAUCCGGUCAUAGAAGACUUCUCCUUGAGUUAGCCGAGUCUUACAUUCAUAGACGAAGUUUAGCCACCAAAGGUUAUGACAAAUGCGCUGAGAAGGGGAAAGUGGCUUUUGUAUCUGCUUAUGGUAUCCACCAGCUUCAUAUAUUCAUCUUCAUCCUCGCCGUGGUUCAUGUUAUCUACUGCAUUGUUACUUAUGCUCUCGGAAAGACCAAGACGAGGAGGUGGAAGCACUGGGAAAAUGAGACCAAGACAAUAGAAUAUCACUAUUCCAACGAUCCUGAGAGGUUUAGGUUUGCCAGAGACACAUCUUUCGGGAGAAGACAUCUCAAUUUCUGGAGCAAGACGAGGGUCACGCUAUGGACUGUGUGUUUUUUCAGACAGUUCUUUGGAUCCGUCACCAAAGUUGAUUACAUGGCUUUGCGGCAUGGUUUCAUCAUGGCACAUUUGGCUCCAGGGAGUGAAAGGACAUUCGAUUUCCGCAAGUAUAUUCAGAAAACAGUAGAAGAAGACUUCAAAACUGUAGUCGAAAUCAGUCCUAUUAUCUGGUUUAUCGCUGUGCUAUUCCUCUUGACCAACACAAACGGAUUGCAUUCUUACCUCUGGUUACCAUUCAUUCCACUAGCCGUGAUUCUAAUAGUUGGAACAAAGCUUCAAGUCAUUAUAACCAAAUUGUGUCUAAGAAUCCAAGAGAAAGGUGAUGUGGUGAGAGGUGCCCCUGUGGUUCAACCCGGUGAUGAUCUCUUCUGGUUUGGCCGCCCUCGGUUCAUCCUUUUCCUUAUCCACUUGGUUCUUUUCACGGUACGGUUCAAUAUCCUUAACCGCUCGGUUUAUUACUCCCAACGGCACGAUAUAACAAACUUGCCUUCACUUUUGCAGAAUGCAUUUCAGCUUGCCUUCUUUGCCUGGAGUACGUAUGAAUUCACUCUCAAGAAUUGUUUCUAUGAAAGCGAUGCAGAUGUGGUCAUUAGAAUUGUAGUUGGAGUUGUUGUACAGAUACUUUGCAGCUAUGUGACUCUUCCACUCUAUGCUCUUGUCACUCAGAUGGGUUCUACGAUGAGGCCAACUGUGUUCAACGAAAGAGUAGCCACAGCGAUAAAGACAUGGCAUCACACAGCAAAGAAGCACACAAAACACGGGAAACACACUGAAUCAAACACACCUUACACUAGCCGUCCAACUACACCAACUCACGCCUCAUCUCCGAUACAUAUUCUUAAUAACCGAAGCGUUGAGACUUUCCCGAGCUCUCCUUCUCCUAGAUACUCUGAUCGUCAUGACCACCACCAGUUUUGGGAUCCUGAGUCUCAACGCCAAGAAGCUGGACCUUCCACACAUCAUUCUCUUGCGCACGAAAGCUCAGAAAAGGAACCUGUUCUUGCUUCCGUUGAACUUCCUCAUAUACGGACUACCAAAAGCUCAAGAGAUUUUUCCUUUAAGAGGUAGAUGAUUCUUGAUUUACAUAUGUUAUACAUUAUUACAUGUAUUGUACGAGACCUGCACCAUCUAUAAAGAUAGAUGAUUACAUUCA